GGGGUGGUUCCCGGGCCUAGCCGCGACACUUCAGUUCUGCUUUCCUGGUCAGCUUCGCCUGGUGGCAGUCGCGGGGUGCAUCCCUCUGGGACCAGUCUGUAGUUUGUGAACAAUAUGGAGGGGGAUCUGUCUGGCUUUAAUAUUGAUGCUCCCCGCUGGGACCAGUGCACUUUCCUGGGGCGCGUGAAGCACUUUUUUAACAUCACAGAUCCUCGCACGGUCUUUGCAUCAGAGCAGGAGCUGGACUGGGCCAAGGCGGUGGUGGAGAAGAGCAGGAUGGGACUUGUGCCCCCUGGCACUCAGAUGGAGCAGCUGCUGUAUGCGAAGAAGCUCUACGACUCGGCCUUCCACCCUGACACUGGGGAGAAGAUGAAUGUCAUUGGGCGGAUGUCCUUCCAGGUCCCUGGUGGCAUGCUCAUCACGGGCUUCAUGCUCCAGUUCUACAGGACAAUGCCUGCAGUCAUUUUCUGGCAGUGGGUGAACCAGUCCUUUAAUGCCUUGGUCAACUACACCAACAGGAAUGCAGCUUCCCCCACGUCUGUCAGGCAGAUGGCCCUCUCCUACUUCACAGCUACUACUACUGCGGUGGCCACUGCAGUGGGCAUGAACAUGUGGACAAAGAGAGCCCCACCCUUGGUGGGCCGAUGGGUGCCUUUUGCCGCUGUGGCUGCCGCUAACUGUGUCAAUAUCCCAAUGAUGCGACAGCAGGAACUCAUUCAGGGCAUCUGUGUGAAGGACAGGAACCAAAAUGAGCUUGGCCAUUCUCAGAGAGCUGCGGCUGUGGGCAUCGCACAAGUGGUUAUCUCUCGGAUCACCAUGGCAGCCCCUGGCAUGAUCCUGUUGCCUGUCAUCAUGGAGAGGCUGGAGAGACUACACCUGAUGAAGAAGGUCAAAGUGAUGCACGCCCCCCUGCAGGUCUUGCUGUGUGGCUGCUUCCUCCUCUUUAUGGUGCCAGUGGCGUGCGGACUCUUCCCUCAGGAAUGUGAAUUAUCAGUUUCCUAUCUAGAGCCAGAGCUACGGGACACCAUCAAGGCCAAGUAUGGAGAACAAGUCCUCUUUGUCUACUUUAAUAAGGGUCUCUAAGUGCUCCGUGCCUGCAAGGACCAAUCGGUACACCGCGUGGACCAGCUUUUCCCUGGCAGCUGUGCAUACCUGUGUCUACAUUCCUCUUUGCAAUAAGGUCUGAAAGCCAGGCUAGAUGGGGAAUAGAAUAGCCUCAAUUUGGGUGGGAAGAUGGUUCCUGCUUCUAUAUAAGCACCUAAUUUAUUGGAUUCCAGAGGGCAAAAUUCAAAAGGGGAUCAAGGUGGUUGGGGAUGUAGCUUGGUUGGGAGCGUUUGCCUGGCAUUCACAAAGCUGAUUCAAUUCUUUGUGCCGUACGAUUCAGGCAUAAUUUUAUAUGCUUGUGAUCCCUGUACUUAAGAGGUGGUGGCAGGAGGAUUAGAAGUUCAAAAGUUGACAGAUAGUGGUGGCACACAUCUUUAGAUUCAGGAGGCAGAGGCAGGCUGAUUUCUGAGUGUGAGGCCAGCUGGUCUACAGAGCUAAUUCCAGGAUAGCCAGGGCUACACAGAGAAAUCUUUUCUCAAAAAAAAAAACCAAAAAACAAAAAACAAAAAACCACCAAAACAAAUCAACAACAACAACAACACCAAACCCAAAAAGUUCAAAGGUAACCUUAGCUACAUGGGGAAUUCCAGGAUAGCCUGAGCUAGAGACUUACUCAAAAAAUAGAGGGAGGGAACAAGAACAAGGUAUUUUGCCUGCUUUGUCCUUGCCCCCUGACCCUUGGGACCAGAAGCAGAGGUCUUCUCAGCAGAGGUUGCUGGUGUAUGGGAGGUGCUCACACAGUUUAGGAUAUUUAGAAAUCGAGUGAUCCUUGUCCAGUCAGGACAGAGGAUACACUAAUCUCUUCCUCUUCUCCUGCUUCCUCCUUUUUUGGGGGGGGGGGGAUAGCCCUGGCUGUCCUGGAACUCACUCUGUAGACCAGACUGGCCCCGAACUCAGAAAUCCACCUGCCUCUGCCUCCCGAGUGCUGGGAUUAAAGGUGUGCGCCACCACGCCCGGCUUGCUUCCUCCUUCCUAAGCAAGAGAAACAUUUACCCUUGCGAUUCUUAAAAAAAAAAGCUUUUUAUCAUUUUUUAAAACAUUUUUAUGGGUGGGUGUUUUGCUCCCAUGCAUGUCUCUGCAUGCCGUGCCCACAGAGGUCAGAGAGCAUGUCAGAUCAUCUGAAACUGGAGUUACUACUGUGAGCCAGCCUGCGGUCAAACCCUGGUCCUUUUGAAGAGCAGCGGCAGCUCUUACCUGCUGAGCCCUCUUUCCAGCUCCUUAUCCAGGGAGAGAUAAAGGAGCUAUGUGAAUCUUCUUGGGGACUCAUCUCUACUCUUCCCCAUGAUGCCCUGACUGGGCUAUCCCAUUGGGAAUGCUUCUAGAUUUGAGUUUUUCAAGUCCUUGGAGUUAUUUGUACUAAAAAAGACAAAAACAAACACAAACACAAAACAAAAACAAAACCCAUGGACAAAUAGUUCCUUUCCUUGGCCCAUUAGGUCUCAUACCAAAGAGGGCUGGGACACCUCUGAGUGGGAAUUCACCAGGACUACAGCCUUAAAAACAUGUAGGAGAGAUGCAGGGCAGCACCUUUAAUCCUGUACCCUCUGGGCAGAGGCAGGCGGAUCUCUGAGAUCGAGGCCAGCCUGGUCUACAGAGUGAGUUCCUGGCCAGCCAGGACUACACAGAGAAACCCUGUCUUGAAAAGACAAGGAAAAUGAAAGUGUAGGGCAAACCACCAUUUUACGGAGGUUAUGUGGGGCAUCAAGCUCUGCGCCUUGGAAAAAUGACUAUUCUGUCUUAAUAUCAUGUCCAAAUCCACUUCUGGGACCUUUAGCUGAGAGGUCUCUUCUCUCAUUGCCUUCUCUGUUUUACAAGUCAAGUCCCUCACUGUGAGUGGGAUGAUUUCCUGCUGCCUUCCUUCCCUCUGCCUGUUAGGUCACAUACCAAAGAUUGCUGAGUGCUGGUGGGAUGUGGAGCCUCACUUGGACACCUCAGACAGGAAGUCCACCAGGGCCAACAAGCCUAAGGAGGGCACAAAGGGCCACUUUAGUUCCCUGGGGGACUGGCUUACCUGGGGUCAGUGUGUAAUGAGUUUUGUCUGGCAAGAUUUGCUGAUUCUGUUCAAACGCACCAUUAUGAAUUGAAUAAACUAUUUGAAAGAACAUGAAA